GUGGAGGCCUGUAUGAACAUGCAUGCACUGUGUGUUGUAUGGUCUGCACCCACUGCAGCAACAGCCUGUCUGGGCCUGAGCCGCUUGCAACGCCUCCUCUGGCCACACCUGCCAUGGGUUUCCUCUUGGUGACGUUUUCUUCCUGCUCUGGCUGGCUAGGGCUGUGGUCACUGGCUGGUGUCUCAGGGCCAGGAGAGAUCUGAAGAGACUGGGGACCCUGGAAGACCACCCCUGUCUUGCCUCUCCCCUUGCCCACCUCCUUGCCAGCCUUGCAGCUCAAAGAUUAAUCCCAGGAGUCCAGAGCCCAGGAGAGAGAAGAAUCUGAGGAACACAGAACCGUGAGUGUCACCCACAUCUGAUCACCCACCCUCCUAUUCCCCCUCCCAGGCCCUGGGCCCCACCCUAGUACCCCCAUAUAACCUGACUUCUUCCAGUGUCUCCCAGUCCCCUCCAGGCUCCUCCCUCCCAAGACUUUUCCUACCACUCCCUUCCCUGACCGCCAACACCAUCUAUUGGCAGAUGCCCUGGGGUUUCCAAAACUGGGCUCUAAAUGCUGAAUAGGAGUUUACCAAGCCAAGCUGAGUGAAUCCAGUGGGAGUACCACAGUGGGAGAUGGUAGGGGCCAAGGCAAAGGAGACCACUCUUCUCUGUCUGCCUGAUGCCCCUCACCACCCAUCCACUUCCCCUGCCCCCUGAACAUCCUCCAGUCCCCCUACUCUAGAACAGAGAUGGCCAGCAGAGCCCAGUUGGGCUAUUACUUGGAGCUACUGAAGAAGGAAGAGCUGAAGGAGUUCCAGCUUCGGCUGCACAAUGAAGAACCUUUCCGGGGCUUUUCCGGUGCGAUGGCAGUUCCACCAGAGAAGAUGAGUGGCAUGGAGGUGGCCUCAUGUCUAGUGGCUCGGUAUGGGGAGCAGCGAGCCUGGGACCUUGCCCACCACACCUGGAGGCAGAUGGGCCUGAGCUUGCCCUGUGCCCAGGCCCCCAAAGAAGAGGCCUUGUUGUUAGAUGACUUCCCCCCAUUCCUCUCCUUCUCAAGUACACCCAACCUGGAGUCCCCCAGCCAGCCCACCUCCACCGCUGUGCUAAGGUUCUGUGGCUCUGAGUCCCCGGGGCAUCCCCAAGUCUCAGAAAGGAAAAAGAUUUUAAGAUGGCUUCCUGACACAUCUGGACACCCAUUCGGAGAACACCUUUCCUCACUCCUCUACCAAGCUCUUCCAAGCUCCCCAGACCAUGAGUCUCCAAGCCAGGGGUCACCCAAUGCCCCCACAUCCACAGCGGUGCUCAGGGGCUGGCAAUCCCUACCUCAGCCCAGCCUAGGACCCAGAAAGCAGGAGGCUCCAGGAACUGAGUGGCCUCUGGCUGAAACAUCUGGAAACUUCCACACAGGAAUGAGAGAAAGAUACCAAAGCCAGAGGAGAGAGAACUCUUGUUCAACACUGUCCUGGAAAAGUGAGGUAUUACACAAAAAAUUCACACAGCUGAUACUUCUAAAAACACCUCACCCCAGAAUUCAUGAGUCCCUGGACAGGAGGAGCUGGCAUCAUGACAUGGUGGAGAAUCAAGGACGUUUGAUUAAGAUGGGAGACUUAUUUGGCCCAAGCCUGGGAACCCAAGAAGAACCCCGCAUAGUCAUAUUGCACGGUGGUGCUGGAAUUGGGAAGUCAACACUGGCCAGGCAAGUAAAGAGGGCCUGGGAGGAAGGCCAGCUGUACAGAGACUGCUUCCACCACAUCUUCUACUUCAGCUGCAGGGAGCUGGCCCAGGCCAAAGUGCUGAGUCUCGCUGAGCUCAUCACAAAAGGCUCGGAGGCCUCUCUGGCUCCCCUUGGAGAGAUCCUGUCUUGUCCAGAGCGGCUGCUUUUCAUCCUCGAUGGUGUGGAUGAGCCAAGAUGGGUCUUAGAGGAGCAGAGUGUUGAGUUCUGUCUGCACUGGAGCCAGCAGCAGCCGGUGCACGCGCUGCUUGGCAGUUUGCUGGGGAAAACCGUACUUCCCGAGGCUUCCUUGCUGAUCACCACUCGGACCACAGCUCUGCAGAAGCUCAUUCCUUCUCUGGAGCAGCCCCGGUGGGUGGAGGUCCUGGGGUUCUCUGAUUCCGGCAGGAAGGAAUAUUUCUUCAACUAUUUCACAGAUGAAAGCCAAGCAAUUAGAGCCUUUGGCUUGGUUGAGUCAAACCGAGCAGUCUGGACCCUGUGUCUCGUGCCUUUUGUGUCCUGGCUGGUCUGCUCUUGCCUGAAGCAGCAGAUGGAGUGGGGGGAAGAACUCACACUCACCUCCCAGACGGCCACAGGCCUCUGUCUGCGCCACCUCUCCCAGGCUCUCCUAGGUCAGCCCCUGGGGCCCCAGCUGAGGGGCGUCUGCCUCCUGGCUGCUGAGGGCGUCUGGCAAGGAAAGAGCCUUUUCAGCCAAGAUGAUCUCAGGAAGCACGAGUUAGAUGAGGCCAUCAUCUCCACUUCCUUGAAGAUGGGUGUUCUUCAAAAGCACUACACCUCUCCAAGCUACAGCUUCACCCACCUGUGCUUCCAGGAGUUCUUUGCAGCAAUGUCCUGUGCCUUGGGGGAUACGGAGGAGAGAGGUGAACAUCCUAACCUCAUUAGAGUUGUGGAAAGGUUACAAGAAGCAUACCAAAGCCAUGACGUGUUUGGGGCACCAACCACGCGUUUCCUAUUCGGCCUUCUAACUGAGCAGGCACGGAGAGAGAUGGAGAACAUCUUCAACCGCCAGCCAAGCCUGGACAGGAGGCGGGAGCUGCUGCAGUGGGCCGAGGAGGAGUCCCAGGGCCAGGAGGCCCCGCUGCCAAGCUCUCUGGAGGUGCUCCACUGUUUGUACGAGACUCAGGAUGAGGAGUUCCUGACACAGGUGAUGGCCCAUUUCCAGGGAACAAGCGUGUGUGUCCACACGGACAUGGAGCUCCUGGUGUUCACUUUCUGCAUUAAAUUCUGCCACCACGUGAAGAGGCUUCAACUGAAUGCGGGUGGACAGCACAGACCCACAUGGAGGCCCCCCGGGGUAGUCCUCUUCACAUGGGCCCCGGUCACAGAUGCCAGUUGGCUGGUUUUCUUCUCCGUUCUUGAGGUCUCCGGAAGCCUGAAGGAGCUGAACCUAAGUGGAAACUCGGUGAGCCGCUUGGCAGUGCGCAGUCUUUGUGAGACCCUGAGUCAUCCUCGCUGUCACCUGGAGACCCUGUGGUUGGCCAGCUGUGGCCUCACUGCCGAGGAUUGCAAGGACCUUGCCUUUGGGCUGAGUGCCAGCCAGACCCUGACCGAGCUGGACCUGAGCUUCAAUGUGCUCAGAGAUGCAGGAGCCAAGCACCUCUGCCAGGGGCUGAGACAGCUGAGCUGCAAGCUGCAGCGACUUUGGCUGGUCAGCUGUGGCCUCACAUCCAGCUGCUGCCAGGACCUGGCCUCUGUGCUCAGCACCAGCCCCAGCCUGAUGGAGCUCGACCUGCAGGAGAACGACCCGGGAGACCUUGGCGUGAGGCUGCUCUGCGAGAGGGUGUGGCAUCCCGCCUGCCGACUCAGGCUCCUGGGGCUAGACCAGGCCCCACUGGGCGAGGAGCUGAGGGAGCACCUGAGGGCCCUGCAGGAAGAGAAGCCUCAGCUGCUCAUCUUUGGCAGAGGGAAGCCAAGCAUGAUGAUCCCUAAUGAGCAUCAGGACGAAGGAGAGAUGACUAAUAAGAGGUCCUCACUCAAGCGGCAGAGGCCAGAAUCAGAGGGUAGCUCCCCACAGGUAGCACAGAAAGUGGAACCCUUCUGUCUGUCUUCUCCUGCCUCUCUGAGGGACUUGCACAUGGAACUUCUGGGGACUGAAGAUGACUUCUGGGGCCCCACAGGACCUGUGGCUACUGAGGUAGUGGACAAAGACAGGAGCCUGUACCGAGUUCACUUCCCCGGGUCUGGCUCCUACUACUGGCCCAACACAGGCCUCCACUUUGUGGUGAGAAGGGCAGUGACCAUCGACAUUGAGUUCUGUUCCUGGGACCAGUUCCUGCGUGGGACCAGCCCACAGCACAGCUGGAUGGUGGCAGGGCCUCUGUUUGAUAUCAAGGCUGAGGCGGGAUCCGUGGCAGCUGUGCACCUCCCUCACUUUGUGGACCUCCAAGGGGGCCAUGUGGACAUCUCCCUGUUCCAAGUGGCCCACUUUAAAAAGGAGGGGAUGCUCCUGGAGAAGCCAGCCAGAGUGGAGCCACAUCAUACCAUCCUGGAAAACCCCAGCUUCUCCCCCAUGGGAGUUCUACUGAGAAUGGUCCAUGCAGCCCUGCGUUUCAUUCCCAUCACUUCCACAGUGUUGCUCUACCAUCACCUCUAUCGUAAGGAGGUCACCUUCCACCUCUACGUGAUCCCCAGUGACUGCUCCAUUCGGAAGGCCAUCGACGAUGAAGAAAAGAAGUUCCAGUUUGUGCGAAUACACAAGCCACCCCCGCUGACCUCAUUGUACAUGGGCUCUCGCUACACUGUCUCUGGCUCAGAAAACCUGGAGAUAACUCCUGAGGAACUGGAGCUCUGCUAUCGGAGCCCCGGAGAACCCCAGCUGUUCUCGGAGAUCUACGUUGGCCAGUUGGGGUCGGGGAUCAGGUUGCAAAUGAGAGACAAGAAAGAUGAGACUGUGGUAUGGAAGGCCUUGCUGAAACCAGGAGAUCUCAGACCCGCAGCUACCCUGGACCCUCCAGCCCCCAUAGCCUCACCUUCAUCCCCGGACACACCGGCCUUGUUGCACUUCGUAGACCGGUACCGAGAGCAGCUAGUGGCAAGAGUGACAUCGGUGGACCCUGUCUUGGACAAGUUGCAUGGACAGGUGCUGAGCGAGGAGCAGUAUGAGAGGGUGCGGGCCGAGGCCACCAGGCCGGGCCAGAUGCGAAAGCUGUUCAGCUUCAGCCAGUCCUGGGACCAGGCCUGCAAAGAUCGACUCUACCAAGCCCUGAAAGAGACCCACCCUCACCUCAUUGUGGAGCUCUGGGAGAAGUGGGGUGGCAAAGGUGGGCUCUUGUCACUCAGAAGCUGAAGUCUGAACAUCUGCUUUUGGAUCCUGGCUCUACCUGACUCUUCUUUGUUUCUUAGUUUCUUCAUCUGUAAACAAAUUGCCAUCUGACUUGUCUUCCAGCACUAAAGUGAUGGAGCUUUGCUGCUGCUUCUUCUGGGCAUUAUAUGUCCAAGCCCAGUGAUGCCACACAGGUUCCAGACUGCCUCCUGUGGCCUUCCCAGGCUGCGGUCCAGGUGAGAUAACAGUAUCUAAGGGAAUAACGUCCAUCUGGAGCUGGCAAGAGUCCAGCAGACCUUGCAGAGCUUCGUGUGGUGGCCACAAGCAGCCAAGCCCAGAGCCCUCACUGUCCCAUCCAGAUGCAAGAAGGUGUAGGAGGAACAUGGGACUGUUCCACUCUGGCUGGAGACAGACCAUGGAAAUGGACACAUGUCCCUGGGGAGGCUGAAUGGGUUAUGAAUUGGGAGGGCGGUGUGUGAAGGUUUAUGAUUUUUCAGUUGUUGUUCUAUCCAGCCAAACCCACUCCUGCUGUUGGGAGUCACCCCAAAACCAACAGUAGGGGAAUUCUUAUAAGGGAGUGCCCCAAGCAGUCCCAAGAUGGGGCCAGUUAGAUUCCAAAGAAAGAAGCACUGAACAGCAGAUUGAUCAGUCCAAACCAUGUGUUAGUGGAACUACACAGAGUGGGCUGCAUUGCACCCUCCAGGCUGUAGAAAAGGGCUGUUCUACCCAGGUGUGUCCACAGCAAGGGGUCAGGUAUGCAGUUUACAUGAUGGUUUAAGGAAUUUGGCUCAGAGCAGGGGCCAGUUUCUUUCAGUGUUUGGGGCAACAACCUAGAUACCUUGAUCAGUGCCUGUGAAUAUUCAAAGCCCUAGCUUUGGUUCAAGUCUACUGGGAAAAGCGGCAGCUGGAUGGGUCACAGAGCAGUUAAGGCAUUUUGUGAUUCUCCAUCAGGACACAGAAAGAAAGCAGGGGCAACUGGGGGGAUGCUACACACCUUGUUGACUCCCUGACUUUUCUGCCCAGACCAUGUUGCUCACAUGUUCAAUAAAUUUGGCUGGCUGUGGGGACUUUCCUCUGGAGAUCAGAAUAUUCUUGAACUUUUGUGUCCCAGCUCUUGGACAGGUCCUAUAAUGAAAUCUAGUCCCAGGACACCAAAAUUUUGAGAAAGAUGUUCUUUACCAUCUUUUCAUGUGUGUCCCUUGUAAUAUCCUUUGUAAUAAAUGGGUAAAUGUCAGUGUUUCCUUAAGUUCGGUGACCUGCUCUAGCAAAUUAAUCAAACCUGAAGAGGAAGUCAUGGGUACCACGUUUUACAGUUUGUCAUUCAGGUUCACAAAAAGAAACAUACCAAUAGUUUCAGAAAGAUUCUGCUCUUUCCACAACCACGUUCAUAUCGCACUAUUGCUUUGAAUUCCUAGGCUCAAAUGAUCCUCCUGCUUCAGCCUCCCAUGUAGCUGGGACCACAGGCGUAGAUCACCAUA